AUGGCUAUUCUGAGUUUGUUCAGAUGCCAUCUAUACCCAGUUUUUUAUAAAACAUGGCAUUUAAAUGGAAUAAGUAUAAGAACUGCUGUCAGUGUGUCUUAUGAUGUUUACGGCCCCCAACCGUCUGAAAGUAAACAACAUAUUAUUGCGCUACACGGCCUUCUAGGCUCUAAGAAGAAUUGGAAAUCGUUAAGUACAAAAAUAUCUACUAGUACAAAAGCAUGUGUAAUCUCAGCUGACGCCCGCAACCACGGAGAUAGCCCUCAUGAGAGUACCCAUUCUUAUCUCGAUCUGGCUGCCGAUGUCUCACAAUUACUGCAAACAUUAUCGCUAUCACAAAGCCACAUUAUAGGACACAGUAUGGGUGGCAGGACAGGAAUGGCUUUAGCUUUAAAUGAGCCGACAAAAGUUCAAAGUCUGAUUAUAGUAGAUAUAUCUCCAAUACCUAGAUCUCCGAAUCCUAUAGAUUCUGCAUUUCCAAGUCUCCUAGCGGCCAUGAAGAACGUCAACUUUGAAGGAGCCGAUAGUGGACAUAAAGCGAAAACCAUCGCGAAGAAAUCAUUGGUAGAAGCUGGAUUUGAUGAAAGGAGUUUGGGUUUUAUUUUAAUGAGUAUAGGCGAACGAUCAGACAAAACUUUUGCAUGGAAAUAUAACUUAGAUGCUUUGGCGAAUAGUUUUAAUGAAAUUGCUAUGUUUCCGGACGAACUUAAAGGAAAACAGUACACAGGUCCAACCUUGUUUAUUGGAGGUGGUAAAUCGGACUAUUUACGAAAAUCUGAUGAACCAGCCAUCAAAGAGUUUUUCCCUCAAUCGUCACUAACAUACAUUGAACACGUAGGUCACAACGCACACUUUGAAGAUCCAUCGGCUUUUCUUAAAAUUGUUGUUGAUUUUUAUGCUAAACAUUUAUGA